AGACCGUUAUAAUCCUUUUCGCGAUCUCCGUUAUUUGUGGGUUUCUUUCCUUCUUCGUUUCUCUCGUCGCUCGCAGUCGCUUUUAAACCCUCAGAUUUCGAAUUGCGAAAGGCUGCGACGAUGAGGCGAUCCUCUCCGAUCCUCCGCCGUCUCCUGAGCGGCGCUGCCGCUGGCUCCUCCGCCGGCGCUAGGCGCUCCAUCACCUACAUGCCCCGGCCCGGCGACGGCACGCCGAGGCCGGUGACCCUGAUCCCCGGCGACGGGAUCGGGCCCCUCGUCACAGGAGCUGUGCGGCAGGUGAUGGAGGCGAUGCACGCGCCGGUGUACUUCGAGACGUACGAGGUCCACGGUGACAUGACAACAGUCCCACCGGAGGUUAUCGAGUCCAUCCGCCGGAAUAAGGUGUGCCUCAAGGGCGGGCUCGCUACACCGGUGGGGGGAGGUGUGAGUUCCCUCAAUGUGCAGCUGAGGAAGGAACUGGAUCUCUAUGCGUCUCUGGUUCAUUGCUUUAAUCUUCCGGGAUUGCCGACUAGGCAUGAGAAUGUGGAUAUCGUGGUCAUCAGGGAGAACACGGAAGGCGAGUACUCUGGUUUGGAACAUGAGGUGGUUCCUGGUGUCGUGGAGAGCCUCAAGGUGAUAACAAAGUUCUGUUCUGAGCGUAUUGCGAAGUAUGCUUUUGAGUAUGCGUAUCUCAACAACAGAAAAAAGGUCACUGCAGUCCAUAAAGCCAACAUCAUGAAGCUUGCAGAUGGUCUAUUCCUAGAAUCAUGUCGUGAGGUUGCAACAAAAUAUCCAGGGAUAAAAUAUAAUGAGAUUAUAGUUGACAAUUGUUGCAUGCAGCUUGUUUCAAAGCCAGAGCAAUUCGAUGUCAUGGUCACUCCAAAUCUCUAUGGCAAUUUAGUCGCCAAUACAGCUGCUGGGAUUGCUGGAGGGACUGGAGUCAUGCCUGGAGGUAAUGUUGGCCAGGAUCAUGCUGUGUUUGAGCAAGGUGCUUCUGCCGGCAACGUUGGAAAUGAGAAACUGGUGGAGCAGAAGAAAGCCAAUCCAGUGGCUCUUCUCCUUUCGUCUUCCAUGAUGCUGAGACAUCUCCAGUUCCCAUCAUUCGCCGACCGGCUAGAGACUGCUGUUAAGCGCGUGAUUGCCGAAGGCAAAUACAGAACUAAAGAUCUGGGAGGGAGCAGUACGACCCAAGAAGUCGUCGAUGCGGUCAUUGCAAAUCUUGAUUAAGCUUGCCGAAGACCAUUCGCUUUGAAGCAAAAGACCGGGGAUAAUCAUGAUCCUGAAUUGCAUCCGAGGCAAGAGACUAGCUCGAUACAUUUGUUUUUUCUCGUUUCACGCCUUACUCUUGCAGAUUAUCUGCAGGGAAACUGAUGAGUUUUUUUUAUUAUCAAUCCCUUCGUGCUUUAAUCAUGCCUACACGAUCAUGGCAGAUGUAUUAUUAUCUUCUUAGAUAUUGUUUAUCGACGGAAACCAGCAGGAUCUCUCAUCUCUGAGCCUGGUUUGAUAUUCAGAUAAUGCCUUGUAUGUUAAAGUUUGCCUUUUAGUUAUGGGAUUUCACUCGGUCAAA